AAUCGGGUAAGACCGCCGCUGCCGCUGCCGCCUCAGCACUCGACGGCCCGCGACCGCCGACGGCUCCGAGCCACAGCGCGCACUUUCGUCACGGAGUGCUCCGAGUUGCACAGCUACCGCUCCUCUGUGACAAAAGGAUUCAGUUUACUUUUCCGGACACUGCUGCUUUUGUGGACAGUGGUAGCUCACUUAGCGGACUUGAAUUCCUUACGUGAUCUGCGAUGUGACGAGUUCUGAUCACCCCAUAUCUCUACGACAGUAACAUCUCUACAUCCGAAACAGUUCAUUUCGGUAAUUCUUACACUUCGUCUAGGAACAGAGGGGUUGACAUACUGUGCUUUCGUUAAUUAUUACUACUUUGGAGACGUCUGGUGAACUGUAUGAUGUUGGAUAACAUAUGACGAAAGUAGGCACCAAAAUUUUCCAUUACUAUUAUCGGUCUUAAUAGGCGAUUCUAAUGAUGUACCUCCGAUCGUAUUAAGAUGCUAUUUGAAAUUUCCUCGCUGUCUUCUUCAAGCAUGGCAAAUUGCUGCCUACACGGAAAUAUGGAAUGCAUUUGAAAUACUCCACAUGAAAUUUGAUCACGUUUCUUCGUUCGUUGAAAGCCGAUAAAUAUUAUUUCUUUUAUUGUAAGUAAGUGCACUGCACCCAGUUAAACUUCAGUAGUUAAUACUUACUGAUUCUCCUUAGCUAUUAAUUUCUUAGAUAGUAGUACGGCUCACUUUCUUCAAAGGAGUGAAUAUCUAACUACAAUGGUCAGGACACUCAACGGUUUCACUGAGUCUCAUACGAACAGCUCUGUGUAAAAACAUUUUUUUUAUAUAUUGCAACUUGCGUUAAGUUCUUCCAAAAAUUUUCGUAAUUUUUUUUUUAUUUUAAAAGGGGAAUGCAGUAACUGUCUUAACACGGGUGCGUUUUAACACGCGUUCAUGUAUUAUUGAGUAAGCAGAAGUCUGACACGAGAUGAAUCAUUCACCGUGUCCUUUCUGAGUGUCUACGCGGUUGCAAACGCAGUAGUUAGCCAUCCCUUAGUAAAAUGCCGCCGCAAGCUCACGCCGGAACGUUUCGAACGCUCGCGGCGCCUCAUCGUCGGGUGCCCGGAGGCUGCUUGUCGUGCGUGGUGGAGGCGGCGAGCAGAGCGCUGCCGCUCACCUUCGCCCUGGCCUUCCUUCUCGCCGCCGUGUGCGCCGCCGGCCACAGCCAGCCACACCCCCUCAGGCACGUCCGCCACAGGAAUAUCAAAAACAUCACAAUCCCUGCGGUGGAGGUGCAGGCCGUGGAGGGCCGCAGCGUGGCGUUGCCAUGCAACGUGACGCCUCCCGGCCACGACAGGGUCUACAUGGUCUUCUGGUUCCGUGACGACGAGGGUAUCCCGCUCUACAGCUUCGACGUUCGCGGGAAGCCGCUGAGCCAGGCGGCGCACUGGUCGGCGCCCGAAGUGUUUGGUUCCCGCGCCUACUUCCGCACCGUGUCCGACCCGGCGCAGUUGGUGCUCGAGCCGGUGACUCUGCGCGACGAGGGCGUCUACCGCUGCCGCGUCGACUUCCGCAACGCGCCCACCAGGUCCGCCAGAUACAACCUCACCGUCAUCGUGCUGCCAGAGACGCCGGUGAUCCUGGAUCGAUGGGGGCGGCGGCUCAACAAGACGCUGGGCCCGCUGCUGGAGGGCGACGACAUCACCCUCAACUGCCGCGUCGUCGGGGGCAAGCCGGAGCCGCGCGUGCGCUGGCUGCUGGACGGAGAGGUGCUGGACGCGGACGUCGAGCAGAACGUGGGUGACGUCAUCGAGAACCGCGUGUCGUUCCGAGGCGUGGCGCGCCGCCACCUGGGCGCCGUGUUCGCCUGCCGCGCCAACAACACGCCGCUCACCGAGCCGCGCGAGGCGGCGCUGCAGCUCGACCUGCUGCUGCCGCCGCUGGAAGUGUGGCUGAGCCAGCCGCAGGGCGCGCUGGAGGCGGGCCGCCGCUACCACGUGAGCUGCGAGGCCGCCGGUUCGCGGCCGCCCGCCGUCAUCACCUGGUACAAGGGCCGGCGCCAGCUGCGCAAGAUCAAGGAGGAGACGCGCGAGAACGCGACGCUGAGCGAGCUGAGCUUCGUGCCCGGCACCGACGAUGACGGCCGCAGCGUGACGUGCCGCGCCGAGAACCCUUCCAUCCCGGGCAGCCACCUCGACGCCACCUGGACGCUCGCCGUCGUCUUCGCGCCCAUAGUGACGCUGCGGCUGGGACCUACGCUACGAGCUGACAACAUCAAGGAGGGCGACGAUGUUUACUUCGAGUGCCACGUCAAGGCCAACCCUCCGUGGAAGAAGCUCACGUGGCUGCACAACGACGAGGUGCUGCCACAGAACGCGUCUCCGCGCGUCAUCCACAGCAACCAGAGCCUGGCACUUCAGCAGGUCACCAGGCACAGCGCCGGACGCUACGUGUGCGUUGCGGCCAACGCCCAGGGGGAGACCGCCUCCAAUAGCCUACUGCUGCGCGUAAAGUACGCCCCGCGAUGCCGUCACGAGCGGAUCGUGGUGGUGGGCGCGUCGCGAUCGGAGACGCUGGACAUCUCGUGCCACGUGGACGCCGACCCACCGGCGCGCGCCUUCCGCUGGAAGUUUAACAACUCAGGGGAGACGAUGGAGGUGUCUCCAGAGCGGUUCUCCAGCGCGGGCGAGGUGUCGGUGCUGCGCUACACGGUGCAGUCCGACCUCGACUACGGCUCGCUCUCCUGCUGGGCCGACAACGAGGUCGGCACGCAAGCGGCGCCCUGCGUCUUCCAGGUCGUCACCGCAGGGAAGCCUUUCCCGGCGCGCAACUGCUCGCUGUGGAACCAGACGUCGUCCUCGGUCGAGGUGGUGUGCCAGCCGGGCUUCGACGGGGGCCUCCCGCAGCACUUCGCGUUGGUGCUGCACUCUGGCGGAGGGAUUCGCUACAACUUGACGGCCGAGACUCCCGCCUUCACACUCACCGAGCUGCAGCCAGACAUCAGCUACUGGGUCGCCAUCUUUGCCGUCAACGCCAAAGGCCGCAGUCCUCCGGUGUUAAUCGAAGAAAUCACGCUCCGCGAUGCCGAGAGGCACGUGGAACCUCAAGAAGACAGUGAGUGUGUUCCGCUGAGGGACAUGUCUCCCGCUCUUACGUCUUACCAGAACCACUGUUUGACCAACACCUGGAGGAUAUCACACGAUCAGCAGGUUUCGUUUGAAAAGCAGCUACACGGCGAGUGGUCGAGUAGUGGGUCUUCGUCAAUCGACAUGUGGUGACGUAGAAGAAUACUGGCCGGGACCCAAUCACGAAGAGCUCGAUAUCGUAUUAUUUAUGGACGUACAGUUCCCCAAGUUACAGAGUAACACGUAAAACCCCGGAAUACGUCUUCCAGUAAAGGAAAAAAUUUAAACACUCCAAUGACUGUAAAAAAUACGGCUGCAUUGUUUAUUUGAACUGAAAACGGUGUUUAAUACUGUUAUAUUGAAAUCGAUGUUUUCGUCAUAUUCGGAGAAAAAGGCGUACUAUAUCUGCUCAUCAAAUCAUUUUCAGAUUUGAAAGUGGAAUAUUUUUCGGUGCUCUAAGAACAGAUAACUAGGGGUUUUCAAAAGGUUGUGAGUUUCUUUACAGUGGACCCUAGAUGAAUACAGCAAGAAGUUCUGCGAAGGUAAGCAACCAUUAUUCUUGUGCUCCCAUUAACUGAAACACUGCGAAAAAGAAACUAGUUUUUGAAGGACGAACUUCUGACCGAGGUAUUUGAAAACAAGUUAAUCUCAGGUGAACGAUUAAUACUGUGAAGCCAUGACCCACAAUGUCAAGAAUAUCACAGAAGAAAGCAUUAUUAUUGUUGCUCUUACAACCAAAGAGA